ACCUUCUCGGUGUUCUAAUGAGGUCAUAGCUGUGCGACGUUUAGUCUUGAAAAUCAUGGCGGCGGUGGAUAUACGAGAUAAUCUUCUGGGAAUUUCCUGGGUUGAUAGCUCCUGGAUUCCGAUAUUAAACAGUGGAAGUGUAUUGGACUACUUCUCAGAACGUAGUAACCCAUUUUAUGAUAGAACGUGCAACAAUGAAAUGGUGAAAAUGCAACGGGUCACCUUGGACCACUUGAACCAAAUGGUUGGUAUAGAAUAUAUCCUUCUCCAUGCUCAAGAGCCUAUUUUGUUCAUCAUUCGUAAGCAGCAAAGACAGUCCCCAACUCAAGUUAUUCCAUUGGCUGAUUAUUACAUAAUUGCUGGAGUGAUUUAUCAGGCACCUGACUUGGGGUCAGUUGUAAACUCUAGAGUGCUCACUGCAGUACAUGGAAUCCAGUCAGCUUUUGAGGAAGCCUUGUCCUACUGCCGCUAUCACCCAUCCAAAGGCUAUUGGUGGCAUUUCAAAGAUCAAGAAGAGCGAGAUAAAGCCAAACCCAAAGCCAAGAAGAAGGAAGAACCAAGCUCUAUUUUCCAGAAGCAACGUGUGGAUGCAUUACUUCUUGAUCUAAGACAAAAGUUCCCUCCUAAAUUUGUGCAGCAAAAGCCUGGAGAAAAACCCAUCCCAGUGGACCAGAUCAAAAAAGAGCCUGAGCCAGCCCCUGAAGCUGUCAAGCAAGAGGAGAAAGAGGCUGCCAAGAUCACUCAGCAGAGCACAAGCACCAAAGGCCCGCCGGAGAAAAGGAUGAGAUUGCAAUGAGCCGGGGAGGUCCCAUGACGUUCCAGUGUACAAGGAAGAAAUGAGCAAUUUUUUCCCCAUCACUGCAGUCUAAACACUGCCUUGAGGACUGUGACAUUUAAAGCUUAAACAUACGAAGUUUUCUCCUUUGAAUGAAACUGUUGACCAGGAAUUAAAUAUUCAGAAAACUGUUUGCAGCAGACAAGUUUUCUAAGUUUCCCUUUAUUUAUCUUUUCCAUCUUCAAAUCCAUUGUUUUUAAGCCAUAGGUAGAUGGCUUUUCUAUGACUAAAUGUUUCUUUUUUCCCUGUAAACAAUAUCUCUUGGCAUAUGAUGCUUUGGGGAAGAAUGCGUCUUCUGAAUCUGAUUACUAGAUGUGAUUGCCUGUUGUGCUUAUGUGGAGCAUGGUGCAAACUGUUUUGCUACUGAAGAAUGAAGAUGUCAGUUAUAGAUAAGAGAGUUUUCAUAAUUGCUUUGUAUAAUCCAUAUAACCGGAUUUCAAAUUCAAGGUAACAUUUCAUGCUCUGAUUGAUCUUUCUCUAGAAAUCAGCAUAUACACUUUCUUUGUUAGAGAAAGAUCAAUGAGAAUAUGAAAUUUAAUCUUUUAAUAAUACAGGAUUAUGAGUCCAUGAUCUCAAAUAAAAAUGCUUUGUAUUCAUUUUUAAUAGUGAUACAGAGGGAUGAAUGAAACAACCUAAAUAUAUUUUUCUGAACUUUAAAUUUUGUUUUCUUCCUGAUUAUGCCCCCAAAUUAUACUUUUUAAAAGAGGGAAAGUUAGGAAGGGGUGUUAUUCCUCUCUUUGUGUCCAUUUAAUGGGAUAGUAUUUAUAUUGGUCAGUAACCAGUGGUUGAACUCAGUUGGGAUGCAGAAGUGUUCUGGGGACUAUCAGCAGAAUAUUAUUUUUCACAUAUGGAAUAGAUUGUGUCCAGAGCAUAAUUUAAAUUGUACUGCAGUCAGCAGCCAAUAACUAUUUAGGUGUGGUGCCUGGUGAUAAAAAGUAAACCACAUGCCAUCAUUUUAUAAAUGUUGUGCUGUUUGGAACUCUUUCUGUUUUUUCCCCUUCUGAAAUGCUUUAUAACCGAGGAAUCAAUAUGUCCUAUCACAGCUUUAGUGGCAGCUGCCUGCCUUGAAGAUAUUCACUCUGUAUAGUAUCCCCAAUGUGUAAAUGGUGUCUUGUUUAACUAAUAAAGAGCAAGAAUAAAUUAUUUUUGUGAAAAUUUA